GCCACCGUGCCUCGGAACGCUGUUUCUCCGCCUCCUCAUCGCAUCCUCCUCCGUCUUCUAUAUAAACCCACACCGUGCUUCUCCAUCAUCUCCCACAUCGUAUAGCUCCUCAUUAACACUGUUCGUCGUUUUCCGACCAAAUGUCUUUGUGCAGUAUCUGCCUCGAGACACUUAGAGCACCGGUAUCGAUACCGUGUGGCCAUGUCUUCUGUGAUAGUUGCCUGCUCAGUGCUGUUAGCGCCAAAAAACCAAGCUCGAGCAUGAACUCUUGCCCGACGUGUCGAACGUCGUUUUCCAUCGUAAACAUCGACCCAGCUUUAGUUCCCGCUCACCUCCAACCCUACGUUGUUCCAUCAAUAAGAAAGCUCUAUAUGGACGACUCAACUUCUCAAAGCUCAGAUGCUACCCCUACAUCCUCCUCUUUUGUGAUGUCAGAGUAUAAUCGUCUCGUCGCCGAAAACAAAGCUCUCAAAACAAAUUGUUGGGUGUGGCGUAGGCGGGCAGAAACUCAUGCUGCGGCGACGAUCGGGCUUCUUAAUGUAGCCCGUAUCACAAAAGAAAGGGCUGAGCAGUUGCAACAUGAGAAGGAGGAAUUGGAGCGGAAUUGUUCUAUUUUGAAGAUUGAACUGCAAGAGGUUUCAUUCUUAUCAAAAGGAUCGCCAGAAUCCCGUUCCCCUUCUCCCGAGCCCGAUCAUGAAACGGACGACCCUACGCCUAACCUCCUUCUGCCCGAUCUGCACGCUAUGCCCGCUGCCAAUUGGCUGGACAAGCCCUCAUUUAAUGCAGAUCACGAUGAUGGAAUGUCCGCGACUUUGAAAACGAUACGGAGCAGAGGUGUGGACGAGUCUUCGUUAUCACAUCGUUCUACUCGAUCGCCGCGAAGGCAUCACCCCUAUCUGCAUUUACAUUCAUGACCUCGUUUUACUUUGUCCUACUUUAUAUUCAUCUUAAUACUGGUAUACCCGGAACGCUUUGUUAUCCUACUUGCAAUCGUCCCACGGAAGCAUGUAUAUUAUUCCCUUUUUCACUUGCACGACACUGACACGCUUCACAUUUAUGUGUAUCCUUCAUUUUGAGUAUGUACGACGAAUACACAGAGGCUGAGGGACGUAUUUCGUCCG